CGAUAGCCCCAGGGAGCCGGGUCGGCUGCGACCCGAUUGGCUGUUGGGCAGGCAGGGAGGCGGCGCCGCGCGUGCCAAGUUGCUGCCGCUUCCUUGGCGCGGCGUCACUGGCACGUGCGCGGCGACACGUGCGGUGCACUCGGCGUGCAGCGGCUCGCACAGACACAGAGCCCGGCUUACGCAGCUCACGGGGAUGCGACGGCCGAGGGUACGUGCUCAGCAUAAGGCGUCUUGCUUGACAUCUGUACAGCAAGCAGCAGCAGCACAAGCCGGCUAAUGCCGAGUGCCCGAUACUGUCGGGAGUGUACCAAUAUUGGUUGUUUGGCUGCUACGGCGACGACUGCUGCUGCAACAAUCGACUGCCGCUCUCUCCUCAUUGCCAAGAGGCUGCGAAGACAAAACUGGGAUUCUUUUUCCGGCAAAAGGCUCAACGUUUCUGUGUGCAGCUCGCCAGGAUGUGCAAGAGUGAGAGAACUGCAAGAUUGAACUCAAGCAGCCACAAUCGAAAUGCCACUGUACGCUCACCUCCCACAAAUGUCAGCCGAUUAAUUAAACCGUAGCCAUCUCUGCCUUGCGUGAUAUUGUAGGAAGACCUCACAUCUCCACCUCCGAGAGUUCUUCAACGUGAUUCCCAUACCGUUUGCAAGACAAGUUCUUCCCGGAAGACACGUGACUCGGUGAGACUUCAGGACAGUUCUGCUGAUCCUAAACAGGGAACGUCUUCACCCAGACAUCCGUACGCAGAAGGAAAUAACACCUACGACUGCGGCACCUCGCUACCUGUGUGCUGGAUGCUUGGCCAAAGGUAGAGGAAUUACCAGCAGCUUGCCCAGUGAGAGUGAGUUGGCUUUCGCCCAUUCUUUUUUCAACACCCAGUGCCUUAAUUCCCAAACUUAAGGCGGGUGCCACGUUAUUGAGCGACGCCGAGACGCACGGGCUCCAGGACGUCUCGCGAGACACGGAGACAGAAGAUUGAGAAGCGAGUUGUGGUGGCGCGAGAGCGAGAGGUGUGGAAGCGGCGGUGCUGUUGUGGGAGGGAGAGGGAGUGUGGCGCUGGGGCCUGGAGGCCACCGAGCCUGCUGCCAGUCUCCUAUGAGUUGGCGCGGUCGCCAUGAGCAGCGGGUAUUGCACGCUGGAGGAGGGCCUGGAGAUUGAGCAGUUCUACACAGCCAAGGGCACGCUGCCCACGAGCACCAAGAGCUGGGAGCACGCGGCGGUGGAGCAGGCUGGAGCAUCAGAAAGAAAUGGGAACGUGGAGCCGCCCUCGACGAAAGCGGAGCUGCCUCGUGAGGAGGCGGAGGAGAAGAUCUCCUCGUUCAACCACGCUGCACCCCGCAGCGCGCACAUGACGCUGCAACCGGACGGCAGCUUCACGGGAUUCAUCGAGGUGCAGCUCAAGUUCCGCAGCGUCGACGGCUCCGAGAGGGAAGCUGGAGCUGGCCGGGAGAGCGGCGGUGAUGGCGGCGGCGGCGCUACCGGUGCUGCCCGCAAGCUCAAGAGGCGCUCGGCACGUAGCGGAGAGAGCACUAAGCAGGUUCACUUGAGCAGCCGGACGAGCGCCCUGGAGGUGUCCGAGGCCCUGGUCGCUCGCUUCCGCAGCGGCAACUCCCUGCAGCCACGCUUUGCCCUCUUCAAGUGCACACAGCGCGACGGACAGGGCUGCCAUCGCAAGCUGGGCGACGCGGAGCGGCCGCUGCUGGUGAGGCUGCUCGCCGGGCCCGACCCCAACGCGCUCAGCUUCCUCCUGCAGGAGAACGAGACCAGAGAAGUUAUCUGGGAAGCGUUCUCCAUCCCGGAGCUCAAGAACUUCCUGAGGAUCCUGGAGCGCGAGGAGCGGGAGCACGUGCGGCGGGUGGAGGAGAAGUUCUCGCGCUACCGCGGCCUCCUGCGGGACGCGAUGGCGGGCGGCGGCGCUCCGUCGCACGCCUGAGCGGCCGGCCGCCACCUCCCGCACGCGCCGUGGGAUUGGACCGACUCGGCGGCCGAUUUGACGAACGCGGCCUCAAGAGGCGGCGUCGAUGGACAGGAGAUGAGGAGGCCGUCCCUGUGGCGAGGGUCGGCCUUCCUUUCGAGCCAUAGUGGCCCGCGAGGCCCACCGCCCGUGAGCGGCCGCAUGGUCUCUGUGGCCUGCACCGACUUCCAUGGGUUGGGGCUGUGACGUCAUGAUGAGCAAAUGCGUAAAAUGACAUAAUCACAAUCACCAAAAAAAAGACGUUUUUAUUUAUGCGGAACGAAUACAGGUAAUGUUACUUCCACAGGUUCACUUGCUUUUUGUUAAGGAGUAAAAAUUAUUGGAAGGCUUUAAUUAAAUUAAUUAUUUGUGUUAUUAUAAUUUUGGAUUGUUUGCUUUUGGUACAUUUUUUUGUGUCGACUCCAAAUAAUGAUGACUUUUUUGGAAAUGAAGGUAGCUGCUUGUUUGUUGGUGUGAGUCUGUAUGUGAAGUGGUGGCCUCGUGGUUAGCACAUGCACUAUGAUCCUGGUUACCCAGGUUCUAUUUCUGGCCCUGAAUUUCCAAUGAAAUUAAUAACUGAACCAAACUUGGUCUGAGACUCCCCUUUGGCAAACUCGGCAUAGAAUUAAUACUCGGUGUUAUGUGGCCCACAUUAACGAGAGGAAACAAAGGUGGCCAGGAAUGUCGCUUGCCACACCUUUGCAGGCUUUGCUGGCCUUAGUGCUUGAUAAUCGCAAUUGCCCUGGCAGUUCAUGAGGCUCAACAGAGGAUGUUUGUCUCGCUGCGUGCGUGGAGAGCGGCAGUGCAGCAGUUAUCACACCGCUUUAUGAACCCAGAGACUCGAGCUUCAUUCCCUUUUACGGCCAACUUCAGGGCAAAUAUCUGAACCGGUCCUGGGCCUCGCCUCGGUCAACUCAACCUUAUUUGAGUACCUGGUGCGGUGUAUAAACAUCACUAUUGGGGUGACAAAUG